CGCAAAAGAAUAGGCAAUGGCGGCGGCACUGCAGAUGCCUAGUACGACGACUACGGCGUCGGCUUGCGUCCCAGAUACGGCGCGGGGCACGCACGUGUUCACGAUCGCCAGCUACAGGCUGCACAAGGGCCUCGGCGCCGGCAAAUUCAUCCGAUCCGCCACCUUUGCCGUCGGCGGCUAUGACUGGUGCAUCCGGUACUACCCAGACGGAGACCUAAACCAGAAGGACCACGUCUCGGUCUGCGUCGAGCUCCAGAGCAAGAACUCCGUGGUGAGGGCGCUCUACGACCUGAGGCUGAUCAACCGGGCCACCGGGCUGUCGUCAUUGAUCUUCUCCCGGCCAUCGUCCCUCCCGGCGUUCGACUCCUUGAAGAACGAUCAUGUCAGGGGUGCUUACAAGUUCAUGAAGAUCGACCUCCUGGAGGCAUCCCCGUACCUGCAGGAUGACUGCCUUGUGAUCCAGUGCGACAUUACCGUUCUCCUCAAGGAAAUACCGGCCGUGGCGACGGUUGCCAAGCCACCUGAGAUUCAGGUAACACCGUCAGACUUGUCGAACAAUCUUGCAAAACUGCUGGAGGGGAACAAAGGAGCGGACAUGACGAUCAAGGUUAACGGUGAGGUCUUCCAUGCGCAUAAGAUUGUGCUCGCGAUGCAGUCUCCCGUCUUCGACGCUCAGCUCUACGGGCCAAUGGGGGACAGCGAGAAACAGUGCAUACAGAUUGAGGACAUGCAGCCAGCUGUUUUCAAAGCAUUGCUUCACUUCAUGUAUACAGAUUCAUUGCCUGUCAUGCACGACCUUGACAACCAUGACAACAAGGAGAUGAUUAAGCACUUGAUCGUGGCUGCAGAUAGGUAUGCCAUGGAAAGGAUGAAGUUGAUGUGUGAGAGUAUGCUAUGCAAGAGUCUCGAUGCUAAGAGCGUUGGGGCCACAUUGGCUCUAGCUGACCAGCAUCAUUGCAGCAAGCUCAGAGAAGCAUGCGUUGAGUAUAUCAAACUCUUCUCUUAGCUAGAACAGAGGAUAUAUGUACGUGAUGGCAAGCAAAGAGUCUGAUCGCCUGACUAUAGAUGAUAUACUCAAGAAUCUGAUCGCAUGUUAGGGGUGCAAUAAAGUUUCGCUAGGUUUAGAGUGAGGAUCCGCGCGUACUAGUUGAUUUGUGAACAUUUAGUUUGAUGGUCAUUUGCAACAUAACACCUUUGAUCAUGUUUCCUAGUCCUGAAGUUUCCGCAGAUAAUUGGCAGAUGAGUAGGUUUAUCAGAAGAAGUGACCACCUUAGACCAGGUUGUCUUGUCAU